AUGGCGAGCGGUUCCUGGUGGGAGCAACUCACGCCAGACCGUAGCGUCCCCAUCCAAGCACCCGAAGACUGGCUCCCGACCUACACCCGUCUGCGUAUCAGCGCCAUCGCACGCUCCAUGGAACGCUUCGACUACACCCUCUUCAUGAAGCUUCCCCGCGAAGUCCGCGACAACAUCUACGCCCACGUGCUCACCUCCCCGGCCCCCAUCCUCCCGGAACUCUGCACGCCUGCGCCCCUCCUCUCCUCCCCAACCUUCCACGACGCCAACUCGCCCUCCCACGCCUCCCUCUCGCUCCUCACCCGCCUCACCCGCGCCUCCAAGACCCUCCGCCAGGAGUCCCUGCCCAUCUUCUACGCAGCCAACACCUUCGCCGCCGGCACCGACACCGCCCUCUACUUCGCCUUCCUCGCGCACGCCGGCCGCCUCCCCUGGAUCCAGCGCGUGACGCUCACGAUCCGCUGCGGACCCGCCGACCGCGCAGCCUGGAUCCUGCGAAGCGUGGCGCAGUUCGACGGGGCCAGCAGCUCCAACGACACCCUCGGUCUGCGCAGCCCCAGUGCGUCCAGCACCCCCGCCGCCCGCGUCACCCGCAGCGCGUCCCGCGCCGCCGCGCUCCAGCCCUCGGCCCAGGCUCUCGCCGCCCAUCCGCUCUACCUCGCCGCCGGGUUCCCAGACCUCGGGCUCGCGCUGCUGCUGCGUGUGCUCAGCACGCCGGUCCCGGGGUCCGCGCGCCGCAUCGUGCUGCCCAUGCCCACGGAAGCAUUUGAGACCGACGCCAGCCUGCGCUGGUUUGGCGAGCUGGCGCGGGGUCUGGGUCUGGAGCUGCAUGUCGUUGCGCGUGCCGGGGCGGCCACGAUGCACGAGGGCUUUGUGGUUGUGCGGUGGGAGCGGCGGUUUCAGGGCGAAGGGGUGGGGAGUGCGUGCGAGGACGGUGAGGGAAGGGUGGAGUUGGAGCUGGGGGGAGAAGGGGCGGUGAUGGGACGGGCGUUGGCGUUGUAUCCCGAGCUGGAGGAGAUGCGGAGGCCGGAGAAGAUGUGUUAUUAUCGCGCGGGAUGUGGAGAUGGGGUUGUGAGGUGGUUUAAUCUGGCGACGUUGGGGGGUGGGAAGCGAGGCGUUUGACGGGAGCAGGGUUUGACGGGGACUGAAGGGGGUGCAGGGAAUGGAGGGAAUGGAGGGAAAUAAUGGUUGAACUGCAUCGUAAGAUACGAGUACGCUGCAAGGCUGGCUCGGCUUGAGCAUCGCGCCGAAAGAUACACGACGCAAGCUCAAAGGAAGGCGUUUACAUGUUCAAAGACGCAGACUAAAAGUUUUCCACACCACAAGACGAUCUUGACUGGAUACAGUAGA